GCGCUAAACUUGAUUGUCGAGCGCGCGUAUGGUUGCGUAACUAGUGGCAGCGCGUUUUCAAAUAUCGAAGUUUUUCUGGCGCAUUCUGAUGCCGUGACAACCAGUGUGUGGUGACUCGAAGCACAGCGCGGGCACUCCGGUAGCGUUCUAUGGGUGAGUCUGGCAACAGCAGUGGCAGUGAGGAGCACUACAGCUCAGCUGAAGAUGACAAGGAAUGGAGUGAGAACCAUGGCAGUGCCAGUGACGUGGACCAUGCUCAGCGGGUUAGUUCCAUAGUUGAGGGCCAUCAUCAUCAUUUCUCGCUCCGGCCGCCGGCGGCCUCAAGACCGCUGUCGGUACCCGUUGCGCAGCCAGCGUCCAACAUGGGCGGCAUGGAGGAGUCCCGCUGCGUGCGCCACCGCAUCCGGCAGUGGGAGGCCCGGGCGGAACCGCUGCCCCCGGUGCCCAGUCGUCGCUGCAGCCUCCUUGAGAGUGCUUUGGGCCAGUGCCCCUGCAGGCAACAGGUGUUGGAAGACGAGCCAGAGGAGCAGCAUCCGGCUGAUCUGCCUUCAGCUCUGGCGGCCCUGGAAGCAGAGCGGCAGAGAUGCCGUGAGCUGGUGCGCCUCAACGUUGUUCUGCGUGAGCACCUGGAGAUCACAACACGCACCAAUGAGGAGCUCACAAGCGAAGUUCAUGAGCUUACCGAGGAAUGGCGGCAAGCAGACCGCUCACAGUCUGGAGAUCGGCCACAGGGCCUGGAGUCUCGACUCUUUGUGGUGUCCCAGUGGCAGCAGGACUUGGCCCGCUUGCGGCAAGACCUCGCCCAGCUGCGCCAGGCGGUGUGUACUGACCUCUCUGACUUAGGAGGGGCGCUCGCAACAGCCUGGCAGCACUGGGCCACACAGGCUGAGCUGACUGGUACAACGGCAGACAGGCAGAACCUCUCCCAGCAGAUAGCUGGUGACCUGAACAGGCAGGUAGAAGCAUUGAAUGCCGAGAAUGAUCGCCUGCAGCGAGCACUUGACCAAGCUAGCCACCUGGCCCAUGAACAGCGCCAGGCACUCGACCUCAGCAGCUGUGAAGUGGACCGUCUGCGGGGUGAGGUGUCCGAGCUGCAGACCAAGCUGACACGAUCGAAUGACACGCAGCUGCAGUGCCGAAAUGAAGAGAGUAGCCUGCGGGUGCAGCUAGACCAGCAACGCACGUCUGCGCAGCGUGAGCUGGAGGCCUUGCGUGCUGCACUGCGUCGCACGCAGGAGCUCAACGACCGACUGGAGGCCGAAAGGGAUGCCCAGCAGGCUGCACGAAAGGCACUGAACGUCUCGUCGGAGCAGCUGGAACGGCAGGCACGGGAGAGCACAGUUCGCCUGGAGUCGCUCCUGCGGGAGAGCGAGUCUCAUCAGGCGGAACUGCGGCAGGAGUUGAAUGGCAAGCACCACGAGCUGCUUGAUGCCCGUGCUGCCCACCUCGAGGCGAUGUCCCGCGCAGACGCUUUGUCCAAGGACAUGGACGAGCUGCAGGAGCAGCUGUCUGUGUUGCGGCGGGAUCGGGAGGCGCAGGCAGUGCAGCAGGCAGAGGCGCUGGCACGGCAGAUUGCCUCGCAGGAGAAGCUGCAGCAGCAGGCCCGCUCCGAGAGGGAGACACUCGAGGAAGCGGUGCAGCGCGCCCAGGCAAAAGCGGAGGCCCAGGCGGAAGCAUGUCUCCGGGCCCGCAAGGACAUAGACGCCCUGCAAGGUCGGCUGUCUGAAGAGAGAGCAGCGCACCAGGAGGCACUGGCCAAGCAUGACCAGGAGCUGGCCCGGGUUCAAAGUGAGCACCGCACCGAGCUGCAGCGGCUGCGCGCAGAGCAUGAAGCCUUGUCAAGCCGGAUUCUCGAAGAGCAGGGCAAGCUGAGGCAUCAACUGUCCGAGCAGCUGCGGCAGCAGAGAGAUACGUGCACUGAGCUCCAGAAGCGUCUGAACGCAGAAGCUGAUGCGUUCCGCCAGAGGACCGAGCAGUUGGAAUCAUUAGGACGCCAGGCCAAGGCAGCGCACGAGGAGGAGCGCAAGCUGCUUGUCCGGGGCCUGGCUCUCUGCCGCAACCAGCUGCCAACGUUGCGGCAUCAGCUUGCCUCCCUGAGGGCACAGGCCAGCCAGGAUUCCCUGCAGCCACACCUUAGCCGCCUCAGGGAAGCCUUUGUGCGUUUGGUCGAACAGGAGCGAAGCUUGCAAGAGCAGCGGAGGCAGGCAGGCAACCAUGCAGCACAGCUGCAGGAACAACUUGAACAGGCUCGCCUCAGGAUUGAAAAGUUGGAGGCUGAAAUUGUGACAGCCACCCGACAGAUCUCGGAUGUUCGCCGAUCACACGACGAGGAGCGGGAACAGCUAAGCCAUCUGGUGGCUGAACUGCGUGAAACUGUCGACAAGACAACAAGUGCAAAAGAUGCUGCACAACGGGAUGCUGCUGAGAGAUUUCGAGAGCUGGAAUCCCUACGAGCCGAGCUGGCUGCUGAGUGUUCCCGUCUGUGGGAGGCACACGAGGAAGAGCAGCGGGUCCAGCGAGCCGAGGCCGAUGCCAAGCUGCAGCGGGAGGGGGCCUUCUGGAAGGCCAAGGUGUCACUGCACGAGUCGGAGGUGCGCGCCGCCCGUGCCCAGGCCUCCCAGCUGCAGGAGCAGCUGCAGGAGGUGCGUGAGCGGCUCGCCCGUGAGCAGGCCUCCCACCGGGCACAGGCGGGCCAGGCGGCACUGCAGCGCACGCAGGACCAGGCCGACUGGCAGCGUCGUCUGCUGCACGAGGGCCAGGAUCUACACCAGACGCGGCUGGCCCUGAGUGCAGCGCAGGGCAAGGCCAGUGCACUGGAAGCACACCUGGAGGCAGUCGCAGAAUCGCGCCAGAGAACAGAGACCGUGCUGUCCUCACUGCUCAGUGCUCUACGCUGUGCGCUGGGUGUGCCGGCGCCCCGUGAGGUCGAGGCUGGCGGCACAGAGGAAGAGCAGCUGGUAGUCGGCGCUGUCCAGGGUCUCGUUAGCAAGGUCUCAUCUCUGGCCAGUGACAAGGAGAAACUGGCGGCCGAAGCCGAGCGGUGUCGCCGAGAGCAGCGGGAACUGCGGGAUCAGCUUGUGACCACUGCCAGCGACCUGAGUCGGCUCAAGGCUGACCGAGAGCGGCUCAAUGCAGAUAAUGUGCAGCUCCAAAAGCAGACGUCCCAGCAGGAGGAAGAGGCGUCGCGGCUGCGCCUCGAGCUGAAGACGGUGCAGUUGGAGCUCUCCUCCCUGCACACUCAGCUGGAGGAGAGCACACGACGGCUGGAGCUGCAGUCACAACAGCUAGAACGGCUCAAGGCAUCGUCCCGAGACCAGUUGCUGGAAGCACAGCUGUCCGAGAAGCAGGCUGAGUUGGAACUGGCUCAGGCUCGGCUAGGACACUUGCAGCGCUGCCUAACAGUCAGCCACAGCCAGCAGCAGAAGGCGGCAGAGAAAAGCGAGGAGCUGGCCAGGACUGCUGGUGAUGCAACCGUGCAUAAGGUGGAGCAUCUGCAGAAGCAACUAGCCUCCGAGCAACUGCGGUCAGAGCGGCUGGCUGAGCGGGAGCGUGCUCUGGAGGCCCAGCUGCACAGCGCCGAAACGAUAGCAGACAGCCUCCGCGAUGAGAGCAAGCGCAUCUGUGCCGAGCUGGAGUCAAUGCGGCGAGAGAAAAACAGCCUGGAGGCCAAGUUUUCAGCUGUAGCUGUGCAGUUAGCUGAGUCAGAGGCUGCCAAACAACGGCUGCACCGGCAGAAGACACUAACAAGCUCAGAAGAAGGACGGCGCCUUCGGGAGGAGAACCGCUGCCUGGAGCAGGAAUUGGGCCGUCUACGCCAUCAGCUGUCACGCACUGUGGAUGCCAUGUUUGUCCCCCAGCCACGCACCAGCACUCCGAAGAAGCGUGAAGCACCCGACGGCCAGAGCCUACACCGUGGCCCAGAGGCUCCUACAUUUCGUACGCACCAGUUGGAGGCCCACCUACGCACAACACUCCAGUUGGACGUGAGUCGCAGCAACCGUGUUGAUGCAGACCAGUCUUCUCAGGGUCGGGGUGAUGGCCUCAGUGCUGAGCUCGAGCGAUCGCUGCAUGCGGUCGCUCAACGGCCCGAUCGGCUGCGCUCCGAGUCGCGGCGCUUGGAGCGAGCACUGGACCUUGAGACCACCACCACUGCUACGCCAGUUGGAGGCGGCAGUAUUGCAUCACCAUCUGCCAAAGUGCCGCCCGCCCCAUCAUCAUAGUCAGUGUGCCACCACUUGCGCCCAUGAACGACGGCCAACAAACAUAACCACUUGCCUGCCUUCGUGCUGUGCCAAGCUUAAAUGUCAUCACAGCAACAUUCCUUUGGUGACAGUCAGCAGUGAGGCCUCGGAACAUUUGUGUACCAAGUGGCAACCCAAACUGCCGUCACUGCCCUGUGGUUCAUGACUUGACCAUCUUGUGUUUGCCGUAUGGGAUGUCAACUCUUGGAAUGCUGUGGCCUGUGACAGGAAGCCAGCACAUUUGCUGUGCCGCUUUUUAUUUGAGGGUGUUUUUGUUCUGUUGGCAGAUGUUGUAAAAGUGCUGCUUCUGUGCCCAUCUGAUGGCUUUCUGUGGCUUAAAGCGGGCUCAUCUCUCGCCAUAGAUAAGGCAGUAUAUUUAAUCAAAUUUCCUUAAACUAGCAUUUGGUGAAUGAACCCAUACACUGCCUGUUCGAAAUAGGUGAUCUGGAAGUUAAGUUUGAGUAAAAUUGUGUGUGCAACAUAAUUAACAGCUUUUGCAUGGAACCUCAUUAAUUGAAAUUCCACAAGCAGCCGCGAAUCUGUUCGAAUAAAGUGAUGUGUGUUAUUCGAGGGCACGAUCAUGCACGAUGCGAAUUAGCGGAAGAUCCCGCACCCAUCCACGGUGUGUGGGCCAUAUAGGUAAUACUCGAUAUCACAGUGCUUACGCACAACUUGCUCUAGCCAAAGGAGUUUUUGGGCUCGCUCGAAUAAUCGGACAUUUUCACAGCACUGCCCACUGCCCUGUGCUCCGUUGGAACAGUUCCAUUCUAUGGACUACCAAAGUACUGCUUCUCAAAUAUUUUUGUAUAAAGCACGUAACCAGUUGCAUUUCCCAAGGUAGGGCAUUUCUCAGCCUUUAGAGAGCUGUUUGGUGAGUAGUGAUUAUACUAUUUCAAAGUGAUUAUUUUGAUUUAAUCAACACCCAAGGCGCUAUGCUAAGUCUAGAUCAUGGCAUUAUCUCAAAAAAGAUUUUUCAACUACUUUUUCCAUCUAUGUUAUCUGUGGUCAAUGUUCCUGCUGUGACUGUAUCCAAAUUUCAGUCCAGUCGGCCAGCAAGCUGCAGAAGCCGAGCUUGCAUGUGCACCGCUCUGCUGCCAGGAGGUGCAACAAAAGAAGGUUGCAUAUUGUCACAAGCCGCCCCUUGAUUUUAUGGGCUGCCAACUUUGCCAGCAAUAUGCAAUUGCAUCAUGCUCCAUUUGCCAAGUCAUGAUUGACUACAUCGAGAAACGUGAAAUGCUUGAGCCACGGAUAUUUUAGCAGAUGUUCCCACAUUUUUUGCGCAAGACUGUUCGUUGAUAUCAGAGGUAGUUAUGAUUGGUCACACCAAUAAUGGCAUCUAGCAAGUUUCCAGUGGCUGCCAACAGCAGGCAUUUGUGUGGCGUGCCGCACAUAUUGAAAUGCUGCAGGGCUACUUGAUUUAAUUUCUGGCUCUAUGCAACAUAAAAUAUGCUAAAAUUACAUGUCUUCCGGAGCACUCGAUUCUUUGAAUAUUUUACAGUCCAUUUCAGGUAAGACAUAUUGGUUAGCGACUGUGCAUGCUAACCAAUAUGCAAACCAAUAUGUGAUGCCAGAGGUCAAAAGUGUUGUCCUCCGGCAUCAUCUGACAGCUUCGCCGACAACAUGCGGAUGACAAAGCUAUCCGCAAACAGGGCUCGUGAGGCUGCUGUGUUAGAUAUUGUCAAAUUUGCCAUCUUGUCAUCUUGUAGAAAAUCGCAGGAUGGCUACGCCUUGCCUUAUUGGUUCAAAGAAACCAACAUGGUGGCAUUUGACAGUGUCCAGAAUAUCACUGCUUGUUGAUGUUGUCGGUGGCGACAGUAAGGACUGCCAAUCAGAUGAGCCCUGCCCCCAUGCUAUGGUGGCAAUCACAUUGGUGCCAGUGUCAAAGUGCUCUGCAUGAUCUGAACGAUGAUCAGUGUGUUUCGUAAAAUUCAGAAACACUGGUGCAGUUUUUUCCAGACUGGUCGUUUUAACACCCAGUGGAGGGGGAUCUUGUUAGGUGGCCCUCCACAGUGCAUCAUUCGCUUUCGACAAUAAUUGGUGCUUGACACCAAAACAAACCUGCUGGAAUUGACCGUUGCGUGUCUUCAGUGGUUCUACCAAUACCAAAGCCUCCUCUGUACUAAUGCAUAGGACUUUCACAGGACACGAGUGUCUGUGAAUUCGAAUUAAGCAAGUUUGAAUUAACAAGGUUCUAAUGUAAAAAAAGAUCCUUGUUCAUUUGCUGUUGAUCUUUUUCUUUUUUUUCAAGUUGGAAAAAGCAUUUCUGUAGUUGAUUCGUAAGCUUUUCCUCACAAAGUAUUAAUAUCUACCAAAACUUGGAAGAGUGUGCACCAAGUUGCACUCACCAUACUUGCUGUGCUGCCUUUGUUGGAGAAAGCCGGUGCUCGCGCUGGGUCAUCAUGAAUGUGAACACAUUUUUCAAUUUUUCCUGAAAUGUUGACUAAUGAUUGCUUAUAUUGUAUGAGCAAAGUGGGAUUAAAACACUAUCAUCAUUGUUGCUGUGCUGCAGUGCAUGCAUGCUGUAGCAUUUUAUUAAAACUGGUGGUUACUUUAGUGCAAUCAGUAGCAUAGAGGGAGAUGGCGACGUCAGGAAGAAGAUAUCACUGCCAUCACUCAAUUUGUACCAUAAUGGGCUUUUUAGUUUUAACAUUUCACUAUAACUAAUAGAAUUUUUAAAAAUUUUACUAUUGCUGUUAAUAAUUUUCUCCACAUUGUUUCUGCUCGUUCAGUUUGCAUGUCUUGCUCAGCGAGCUAAUCAUUGUUAGCACACAGUAUCAAUCACCAUUUUGUAGUAUCAUCAUGUUAAACGCAUUCAUUGGAAGUUUGAGUGCUCUUUCUAUCAGUGCAAUAUCCACUUGCUUUGCAAACACUUGUUCACUUAUAGUGUGCGAAAAUAUGAAUAGUGCUCUUGUGUCACACACAUAGUAAUAAUAAACAUUUGUAACAUAGAAUGUUCAGAUAAUGUUGCAAUUGAUGCUGCAUGAGAUGUGCUGUUUCUAUUCAAUAAAUUCAUGUUUAAUUUUGUU